AUGAGAGGGGCCCGGGGGAGCGAUCAGAGGCAGCAGUACGUGGGGAAGCUCAAGUUCGCCUCCUUGGAGGCCUCGCAGGGUUCCAAGAAGCUCAUCGUGGCCACCGAGAAGAACGUGGUGGCCGCCCUGAACUCCCGGAGCGGUGAAAUCCUUUGGCGCCACGUGGACAAGGGAACCCCCGAGGGAGCAAUCGACGCGAUGCUGAUCCACGGACAGGAUGCCAUCACUGUGUCCCAUGCUGGACGGAUCCUGCGUUCCUGGGAGACCAACAUUGGAGGGUUGAACUGGGAGACCUCCCUGGACACGGGCAGUUUCCAGAUGGCUGGGUUGGUGGGGCUGCAGGAUGCAGUGAAGUAUGUGGCAGUGCUGAAGAAGGCAGCCAUCUCUCUUCACUACCUUUCCAAUGGACACCAGAAAUGGGUGGAACACUUACCAGAAAGUGAGAGUACCCAGUAUCAGCUGUUGUAUUCCCAUGGGACUGGAGUGAUCCAUGUGCUUGGAAUUGUUCCCCAGAGCCACUUCAAUAUUUUAACAUUCAACGUAGAAGAUGGAGAAAUUACAAAGCAGCUCAGAGUUGCAGCCCCAUGGUUGAAGAGCUUGAGUGGCAUGUGCAGUGUGGUGGGGGAGGCAGUGCUCGUCUGCCUGGACAUGGACACACAGUCCCUAUAUGUCUGCUCUUUGGAAAUGGAGCAGGAGAUGAAGCAGAUCCCACUGCAGUCACUUGACCUGGAGUUUACUGAUGACUUCCAGCCCAGGAUAUUGGCCACUCAGCCCAGUGCAGUUGGUGCUUCCCGGGCUCAGUUUUUCCUGCAACUUUCUGCAAGCCACUUCUCCCUGUUUCAGUACAAGCAUGGGUUGCUCAGCCACCUCCGGGACUUCCAGCAGGCAGCUCUGGUGAGUUUUGCAACAACUGGGGAGAAAACUGUGGCAGCUGUUCUGACCUGCAGGAGUGAACUGAAACCUGGGAGCUCUGAUGCUGGCAGUGCCCUGGAGACUGCUCGGAAGCAGGAAUCCUUGACCUGUUCCAAUCAAACCUACAAUAUUAAUCUCUACCUUGUUGAAACUGGACAGAGAUUGUUGGAUACCACCAUUACCUUCACCCUGGAGCAGAGUGGUGCCAAACCACAGCAGCUAUACAUCCAAGUUUUCCUGAAGAAGGAUGACUCUGUGGGCUAUCGAGCCUUGGUGCAGACAGAAGACCAUAUGUUGAUGUUCCUCCAGCAGCCAGGAAAAGUUGUGUGGAGUAGAGAGGAGUCCCUGGCAGAAGUGGUAAGCUUGGAGAUGGUGGAUCUACCUCUGACAGGUGCACAGGCUGAACUGGAAGGAGAAUUUGGAAAGAAAGCAGAUGGUUUGCUGGGGAUGUUCCUGAAACGACUGUCCUCCCAGCUUAUCCUGCUGCAGGCCUGGACUGCCCAUCUCUGGAAGAUGUUCUAUGAUGCCAGGAAACCCCGGAGCCAAAUUAAAAAUGAGAUUAACAUUGAUAAUUUGGCCAGAGAUGAGUUCAACCUCCAGAAAAUGAUGGUGAUGGUCACUGCUUCGGGAAAGCUUUUUGGUAUUGAAAGCAGUUCUGGCACCAUCCUGUGGAAACAGUAUCUCAGGAAUGUGAGACCAGGCUCCUCCUUUAAGCUGAUGGUCCAAAGAACAACAGCCCAUUUCCCACACCCUCCCCAGUGCACCUUGCUUGUUAAGGACAAGGAAACCAAAAUGAGCUUUCUCUAUGUCUUCAACCCCAUCUUUGGGAAGAGGAGCCAAGUGGCUCCUCCUGUUUUGAAACGCCCGAUUCUUCAGACUUUGCUCCUGCCUAUUAUGGAUCAGGACUAUGCCAAAGUCCUGCUUCUGAUUGAUGAUGAGUACAAGGUUACAGCUUUCCCAGCAACUAAAAACGUUCUUCGCCAACUAGAAGAAAUAGCCCAUUCCAUCUUUUUUUAUCUAGUUGAUGCUGAGCAGGGAAAACUCUCUGGAUUCAGGCUAAAAAAGGACCUGACAACAGAGGAGAGCUGGGAUGUGAUCAUCCCCACUGAAGUCCAGAGGAUAGUGACUGUGAAAGGGAAGAGGUCCAAUGAGCACGUGCACUCCCAGGGCCGCGUGAUGGGUGACCGCAGUGUCCUCUACAAGUCCUUGAAUCCCAACCUUCUUGCUGUGGUGACAGAGAGCACAGACACGCACCAUGAGCGCACGUUCAUUGGGAUUUACCUGAUUGAUGGAGUCACAGGCAGGAUCAUCCACUCCUCAGUGCAGAGGAAAGCAAAGGGACCUGUCCACAUUGUCCAUUCAGAGAACUGGGUGGUGUACCAGUACUGGAACACGAAGGCCCGGAGGAACGAGUUCACUGUUCUGGAGCUGUAUGAGGGCACAGAGCAGUACAAUGCCACAGCCUUCAGCUCCUUGGACCGCCCCAUCUUACCUCAGGUCCUCCAACAAUCCUACAUCUUCCCCUCUGCUAUCAGUGCCAUGGAGGCCACCAUCACUGAGCGAGGCAUCACCAGCCGCCACUUGCUUGUUGGGCUUCCCUCUGGGGCCAUCCUGUCCCUUCCAAAGGCUCUGCUGGAUCCUCGUCGCCCGGAGAUCCCUACAGAGCAAAGCAGAGAGGAGAACCUGAUCCCAUACUCCCCUGAUGUCCAGAUCCACGCUGAGAGGUUUAUCAACUACAAUCAAACCAUAUCCCGCAUGAGAGGGAUCUACACAGCCCCCUCAGGCCUGGAGUCCACUUGUUUGGUUGUUGCAUAUGGCCUGGACAUCUACCAGACCCGAGUCUACCCAUCCAAGCAGUUUGAUGUCCUGAAGGAUGACUAUGACUACGUGCUGAUAAGCAGUGUGCUCUUUGGGCUGGUUUUUGCUACCAUGAUCACCAAGAGACUGGCUCAGGUGAAGCUGCUGAACCGGGCCUGGCGGUAA